AGCAGUAGUGUGCCGUGGACCACCGCACUGGCAUACCGUGGUUCGUUACGAUUCCCUUAGUACAGCUUGCGUACUUAUCCAACGUCAUCGGCGAUUCACAUUUUCUCAAGUGCUAGUGCAGUGAAGAUCGAACGACCAACCGUCAAGCUCGGUCAUUAUCAAGUAGCUUUCAUUAACGCAGUCAUUUUAUUGCCUAUUAGAAAUUUAUCAUUUCUAGAUACAUACAUAGUAUUAUUAUUUAUUUGUUUCAUAUAUAUUUGUAUAAACAUAGUAAUAAACAGAAGGUGCUUACGAUUUAAAAACCACAUCGAUACCUUGCAUCAGGUCUUUAAAGAAAGGUCGCGUGCCGUUGGCCGCACGGGACACCCGAAGCGGCGUUUAUAGCCCGUCUUAUUGCCCAGUUUAUUACAUCGUAACGGCUUAACGAUAAUCGGCCACACGGGCCGACGAUUUCUCGGCAGAGAUCAUCCGGUUGAACAGAACCAUAAACACACGUUGUCAUGAGCUACCCAAAUACGCGUUCCGCUCUUUUUAACUAUUGACGAUUGACAGAGCACGUUUAGCUCACCGGCCGCCGAUGACUUUUACGACCUCGCGGCCGGUUUUACCUUGUUUUAACUUAGUGGUAUCUGUCUCAUUGACACUUUAUUGUUUUAUCAUUAUUAACUGGUGAUUAGUAUUGUUGAUAAUAAUAAUAAAAUAAAUCGUGUGAUUGGAGUUAAAUACCCAAUAAAAUACGAUAGAGUUUUUUUUUCGUGCUAACCGGUGUUUGAGUGCAAGUGUUUCAAGAUACCCGGGAUAAUGAACUCGUACUUUGAGCAGAGCGCGAGUGGCUUCUACGGAAGCCACCAUCAUCAGACAAGUGCAGCAGGUCAACACCAUGAUCCAGCGACCGCCGCAGCCUACAGCCGAUUUCCACUUGGUCUGGGAAUGUCACCGUACGCCUCCAGCCAACAUCAUCACCACACAUCCAGCAGCCUUGGGAUCCAUCCUGGGAGCGGAACUAAUACCAGGCCACCGCAGGAUUCCCCGUACGAUGCGAGUGUCGCGACUGCCUGCAAGUUGUACUCGUCAACCCCUGAAGCGACUGGACACACGACAUCCUCAUAUUCGAGUGCAGCAAUAAAGGAUUGCAAGCAACAGGAACAAGCUGUGGCUGCUGCUGCAGCGGCUCACCAAAAUGGCUAUGCAGCGGUGAUGGCUGCAGCCGCUGUCAAAGACGUUUGGCAGUCAGCGACGUCAGGCGCCAAUGGCCAAAGCAAUCCGGUGGUACGUCCAUCCGCGUGUACGCCUGAAGGCACGCGAGUCGGCAGCUACGGCGGUCUCGUGGGCGGCGAUCCCGCCUCGAGUCCCGGUAACAACGGCUCCUCGAGGUCCCUGACUUCCUCGUGGAACACCUGCAGUCUUAACUCCACCGCGAGCCAACCGGUCGCCACUCAACUACACCAACAACCCACUGGUAACCAUACCUUCUACCCCUGGAUGGCCAUAGCAGGUAAGGACGAUAUCGCUAAGCCGCAUUGGACAUGGUUGCAAGGUGCGAAUGGGCUACGCAGGCGCGGUCGUCAAACCUACACGCGUUACCAAACAUUGGAGUUAGAAAAGGAAUUUCACACGAACCACUACCUCACAAGGCGGAGACGGAUUGAGAUGGCGCACGCGCUAUGUUUAACAGAAAGACAAAUAAAAAUAUGGUUCCAGAAUCGGCGGAUGAAAUUAAAAAAAGAAAUUCAAGCAAUCAAAGAAUUAAACGAACAGGAAAAACAGGCACAGGCGCAAAAAGCGGCAGCAGCAGCUGCGGCGGCAGCGCAUCAGCAGCAAGGGGGUGGUGGAGGCCCCGAGGGGGGCAACUAGGGGUACGCCUUGCACCGGAGCCCCCCUGACCACCCCAAUGCCAAUCCGCACCAUUCUCUGUUAGCACCGCAAUGUACACAGCUAUACUAAGGUGAGUGGCAGGCUGCUCCAACCGUUUUUAUAAUGCCAAAUAGGUGUCGAUGUGCUGUCCCAAUCCGUCGGAAGUCAGUUUAUCGGUUGCGGCGAAUGGAUGCUGCAUCCGGUGAGUGACGAACCCCCGGAGCCUCCCGUAGUGAACUUAUGACGCAACCUCACCUCCUGAACAGCUAAAAAAAUACCCCACAGACCAAAUCAGCCAUGCCCGAGUACGGUACAUUUGUAUGCCAAUUAGAAUCGCCAGUAGGUUUUUGGAACUAUAAUAGUCCUAUAUAGCUUUAGGUUGUUAAUUAUUUGUUUUUGUUUCUUAAUAGUGCAUCGGCAUCCGUAGUAUUAAUUUUUUAGUCGUGAAUUAAAGUGAGUGAAUUUUACCUGUACCGGGAUCGUGCAACUAAAUUCGAGCGGACAGAGUGAUAUAAGUUUUUAAAAUAAUUAAAAUAAAAAAUGAUGUUAUCGAAUGGGAGAAAAAAAAGUUGUCUAUUAAUACAUAACGAUAGACAUAAAUAUAUUAAUUUUAAUGAGGGCCGUAGGCUCAUACAUCACAAAAUAUGUAUAAAAAAUUGAAAAUAAAAAAAAAACCAACAGGCUAUUAUAAUGGUAUUUCGUACGUACUUUAGAAUUUAUUAAAAUAAUUUAGAAAAUAUUAAUUGAAUAUACGUGAAUUUUAUUCCUAGGAUAUAAUCCUAGCUAACAUUAAAUAAUAUGUAAAUUUUCGAACAAGACAGUGUACAAAGUUAUCAAGAUUUUUUAUUUUUUAUUAAUUAUUAUGUUGUCAAUAUUAUUAUUAUUAUUAUUAUUAUUAUUAUUAUUAUUAUUAUUAUUAUUAUUAUUAUUAUUAUCAUUAUUAUUAUUAUCAAUAUUAUUAUAACUAUUCAUUAUUAUUAAUAUCAGCGAUUAUCAUUAUUAUUAUAAUUAUCAUUAUUAUUUUCACUAUUAUUAUUAUUAUUAUUAUUAUUAUUAUUAUUAUUAUUAUUAAUAUUAUUAUUAUUACUAUUAUUAUUACUAUUAAUAUUAUUUUUUGUAAUUAUUUAUUUGCUAAAAAGCAAAAAAAAAAAAAGUAUAUGUUUAAGUGCCCAGCGCGUCCGUUAGUAAAAAUAUAUGAGUACUGGUUUUGUUAUUCUUUUGUUAUACUUUUUUAUUAUCUACGACAAACGUUGACAGCGAGUUUUUGUCAUUGUUUCUGAUUAUAAUAAAUUCAAACUAUUUUGUUUGAUUAAGUAUUAGUGUAAUUUAUGGUGAAAAUAAAAUUUUUUCGUAUAAAAAAAAUUGAUAUAAUCAUGAAACUAAAAAAUUGAAAAUAUAUAUAAAUUUUAAAAAGUUUUGUUAUUAGGGUACACUAUAAAAAAUUUUCGGAGUGAACGCGAAUUAAAUCCAUAACAAUUAACUGUUUAUUUAUUUAAUUCGUUCGGAGUUAAAUUAACUCUGGAGUUUAUUUUAAUAUUGACCGUUUUGGAAUAAAUGCAGAAUUGAAAAACAUCCAGAUCACACUAAAAAAAAAAGUUCUCAUUUACUUCAUAUGCUGAGUGAUUUUUUUAACUCCGGAGUAAAUUUCGAUUGAAAUAAAAUUUGAAUUCACUCCUAAUUUUUUUCAGUGUAAUAAAAAUUAAAUAAUGAGAUAUUCGCUUAGUGUCGAAUUUUUUAAGAGAGAAUGGGGCAAAAUGGGCCUCUUAAGAAAAAAGGGCUUAAAUAUAAGCCCAUUUUGUUCAACUUUUCCUUAUUCUUCUGUAAAAAUAUUUAAAAAUGAUAACAAUAAAUAUAUAUUGAAAGAAAAUUGGAUUUUUUUAGUAGUAAAGUACAAUCUGGAAUAAAAAUAAAAUGAUUUAUAAUAAAAAAAAAAAAAAAA